AGUGAAUAGAGGCCGAAGGGAGGGGAAAUUGAAGGAGUUGAAUUGGAGAGAAAGGAAACAUGUCUUUGGUAUGGUUGGAAGCAGCGCUGCCGCUGGGAAUCAUAGCCGGAAUGCUCUGUGUGAUGGGAAACGCUCAGUACUACAUACACAAAGCGUAUCAUGGUCGCCCGAAGCACAUCGGCAAUGAUUUGUGGGAUGUGGCCAUGGAAAGAAGGGACAAGAAGCUCGUGGAACAAGCAUCGGGUGCUUCUAAUUAGGUGCACUUGACAUACUCCUUUUAGGCGUUCUAUGCAGGAAGCUUUUCUGAGGGAGUUCCCUGAGGAAUAAAAGUGCUCUUCUGAUCAUCCAGCUAUGCUUAAAAAGUCCGAGGAGCAACAUUAAUUUGCAAUUUUUUGCCUUCUCUUUCUUUGGCCUGCAUAAACUCUAUAACUUUCUGCUGACAAUCUUGUUCAGUAGACUUUUGGCAUUUCAUUGUUUCUGUUAAGAACCAUGAAGCUAUAUUGUUGUGCAUGGAAGUACUAAUGGUGGUGUUAAAAUAUGAAGGCCCUUGUAUUA